UUGUAUUUUUAGUAUUUAAUUAAUUACAGUAGUUGACAUUGUAGGUACAGCAAUGUAACAGUGAAACUGCAGUACUAAGAAUAGAUAAUUGAUAAGAUAAACACUCAGAAGUAUUUUUAACUACAUAACCUCGCUUUAUCAGGGUCAAUUUACAAUUGCGCAACUUUCCAGUUUCAUUGCAUUUUUUUUUUAAAGUCGUUCCUCGUAGAUCGAAAAAUGAGCAAAGUUGUCCUCGGUGGUGGCCUCGGAGGCCUAUCAGCCGCCUAUUACCUCGCCAAGACGGCCCCCAAACCCGCAAUAACCCUACUGGAGUCGUCCGCACGCACCGGCGGCUGGGUUAAAUCCACCCCACAACAAAACGGAAUCGUGUUCGAACAAGGCCCCCGCACACUUCGCAUAUCAGGAGACGCCGGCCUCAACACUCUUCAGCUUGUCGAAGACCUCAAUCUAGGCAACAAAAUCCUCCCAAUUGUGUCGAGUCACCCGGCAGCCAAAAAUCGCCUGAUUUACGCCCACGGCCGCUUGAAUUCGUUGCCAAACACGGGAAUCCAAUUCAUCACGAAAAGUACCCUCUUUAGUAAACCCAUGGGGGCCUACCUUUUCAACGACUUAUUCGCCAAAAAGAAAGACGUGCAUGAUGAGCCCAUUUACGACUUCGUGGAGAGAAGAUUCGGGAAGGAAAUCGCUGAGAAUCUCAUCAGUCCGAUGAUUUGUGGGAUAUGUGCGGGAAAUGCGCACGAAAUCAGCGUGAAAUUUUUAAUGAGGAAAAUGUUUGAGUUGGAACAAGGGUAUGGGAGUCUUAUAGUUGGAGCUUUUAAGUACUUUUCCGCCCAAAGAAAAGUAAAAAAGCCGAAGAAAGUGUUCGGGCCUUUAGCUGUAAAAGCAAAACAACAAAAAUGGAGCAUUUAUUCAUUCACUGGUGGUUGUGAAACCUUGCCGUUAGCUUUAAGCGAGAAUCUUCUCAAAAAUAACGUUAACAUUAAGUUGAAUACUAGUUGUAAGUCGGUAACUUUUGAUGGAAAACAAGCGACUUUAACCCUAAGUGACAAUAAAACAAUCUCCACUGAUCAUGUAAUAAGUGCUGUACCAUCAGCUGUUUUGGGUGCUUUGGUGCAAAACCAGCACCCAGAUUUGGGUAAUCUUUUGACCAAUUUGGCUAAAAACGUAUCAGUUGGGGUUGUCAAUCUUCAUUUUAAAGAUAACAUUUUGAAAGAUCAAGCUUUUGGGGUUCUUGUUGCUCCUAAGGAAAAUUUGCCCAUUUUGGGAAUUAUUUUCGACAGUUGUUGCUUCUCUGGGAAAAGUUCUGGUACUGCUUUGACUGUGAUGAUGGGCGGCUAUUGGUUUGAACAACACUUUGGGAAAAACCCCACGGAACAAAAGUUGCUGGAAAUUGCCAUAAGUCAAGUCAAACACAUUUUGAAUGUACAGAGUGAGCCAGAAACGUCCAAGGUGAAUAUUUUGCAUCAGUGUUUGCCUCAGUACAUUGUGGGCCAUGAUGACACUCUACAAAAAAUUAAUGAUUAUAUUGAUACCCAUAACUUACCUAUAUCUCUCUGUGGUGCCUCGUACUACGGUGUAGGAAUUAAUGACGUCAUUAUGUCAGCAAGGAAUGCCGUCAAUAAAAUAGCUUAGUACAUGUAUAAUAAUUUUCAUAAAUUUUUAUUUUUAUUAACCAACUUGUACCUCGCCGCUUUAAAUAUAAAAUAUAUAUUCCUUACAAAUUAA